UGUUUAGCAAAUAGCAAGACCCAAAAAUUUAUAAAUAAAAUAGUAUGUACUUAAUAACAUCCAUUUAACCAUAAUAUUACGUAUAAUCUUUAAAACUACAAUGUGUUGAAUCAGAAUAUAGCUUAUCAAGAGCUUUUUAUUGUGCUUAAGUAUUUGAUUGUGUAUAAUAGGUUAUAAAAUCAUGAAAGGUUUAACAAAUGCAGCCCGUGUGAUAAAUAAAAGACCAUUUCGAGUGUCAAUUGAAGGGAACAUAGGAUCUGGUAAAUCGACUUGCAUUAAACAUUUCGAGAAAUAUAAGAAUGUGGAAAAGCAUCCAGAGCCAAUACAAGAAUGGCGUAAUGUCAGUGGUCACAACCUACUCGGGCUUCUGUAUAGUGAUUUAAAUCAAUGGAGCUUUGCAUUUCAACACUAUGUGCACCUCAGCAGGCUGAAAAUACAGACUAGUCCUCCGUCUACUCCCGACAUUACUGUGAAGAUGUUUGAAAGAUCAGUACAAAACAGUAGACACUGCUUUGUCGAAAAUGCGAAGAAACAGAAUUUCCUGGAAGACCCACAGUAUCAAGUACUGCUCAGCUGGUUUGACUACACUGAAAAGAAUCUUGAUAUAAGCUUAGAUUUAAUUGUAUAUUUGCGGACAACACCAGAAGUGGUGUGGGAGAGAAUGAUGCAACGAGGUCGUGCUGAGGAAUCCGAAGUACCGUUGGAAUAUUUGAAACAAGUGCACGACUCAUACGAGAACUGGUUAAGCUCCCCCGACGUAGGCUGUGAAGUGCUGACCAUAGACGCUGACAGAAAUAUUGACACUGUACUCGAAGAUCUCGAACGAUACACCUAUAAGAUAUUGGGCGGCAAUCAUACUAAUUAGAUUAUAUAAGCUAUGAUAUUGAUAAUUAUGGGACUUAAAAAAGUAUAAAUAACUAUGUAUGAGUAAUACUUAGA